AUGUCUUUGCUUCCUCCUUAUGUGGCCCUGCAAGACUACAAGCUAAUCAUUGCCGCAACCGGCUUGGCUUCGUACUUCGUUUUCAAGCGGUAUGAGCCCUCAACGAUGGCACCAGUGCUUCUCAUACUUUGUGGUGUCCCCAUAACGCUGGCUUUCGCUUUGCGAGGCAACUUCAACAACUUGGCAACCGCGACAGCUGCUGUUCCCGCAACCUACUGGGCUCUAUUGACCGUUUUUGUCGUCAUCUAUCGCGUAUCGCCGUUCCACCCCUUGGCUCGCUAUCCUGGCCCAUUGCUCUGCAAGCUCUCCAAGGGCUGGCUCAUGUAUUACACCGGCAGCACUGGGAAGACUUACGCUUACAUCCAUCAGCUACAUCAGCUGUACGGCGACGUAGUUCGUAUUGGUCCUAAUGAACUGUCUAUCAGGCACAAGGAUGCUUGCGUUGCUGCAGUGGGACCUAAAGGUCUUCCCAAAGGACCUUAUUAUGAUACUCGCCUAUACGAUGGGGAACCAAGCCUGGAAGGCAUUCGUGACCCGGCCUUGCAUGCAGUCCGGCGCCGCCCGUGGACGCGGGCCAUGAACAGCGCAUCGAUGAAGUACUACGAGGAGCUGAUCUAUAAUACCGUCGGUGACCUUGUCAGCGGUCUCAAGGAGCGCGUUGGCGGCCCUGUGGAUAUCGCGGAUUGGAUGUCGCUCUUUGCAUACGACUUUAUGGGACGCAUAGCAUUCACGUAUGAAUACAACAUGCUCAAGUUGGGCAAGGACACACAUGGCCUGCGCCAGAUGGUCGAAAACUGUUUCUUCGACCUUCGCUGGAUCGCUCACAUCCCCUGGUUCAUCCCUCUCCUCAAAUUUAUGCCCGGUGCGGGCAAGGAUUUAGAUGACCUGAAGGCCGCGGGGACCAAGGUCGCGCUGCAUCGCGUGAGCCUGGGCUCGACUCGCCCGGAUCUCUUCCAUCAUUUGAUGGACGAGGAUGGUCAUGAGCCCACGAAACCUAAACCCGAGAUGGUUGUCAUCGACGGCACGCUAGCAAUCGUCGCCGGCGCUGACACCACCUCUUCUGCACUAAGCCACCUCUGGGCGCUCUUGCUCCGCGAGCCGGCUUAUUUCGAACGCCUGCGCAAGGAGGUCGAUGAGGCAUUCUCUGGAGCCGACAACAUAGAUUUUGUCAAACAGGCGAAAAUGCCGUACUUGAAUGCCUGCCUGAACGAAACACUGCGCCUACUCCCUCCUCUCCUCUCCGGAAUUCAACGGCGAGUCGAGCGUGGUUCAGGCGGGAAGAUGGUUGGCCCUUACUACAUUCCCGAAGACACCCAGAUCUCGCUCGUCUCGUACGCGAUCCACCGCAGCAUCGAUAGCUUCUCGCCGCUCCCAGAGACAUUUUGGCCCGACCGUUGGCUUGCUCAGGAGGAGUACACGCUUCCUUCUGGCGAAUUAAUUCCCGCAGACGAUGUGCAUACGAACCGUGACGCGUUCAUGGCAUUCUCGCAGGGCCCGGCGGUCUGCGCAGGCAAGAACGUCGCGCUUGCGGAGAUGCGCGCCGUAGUCUGCGCGGUGCUGCGAAACUUCGACAUACGCGCCAUGGACAAGCGGUGCUUGGACACUUGGGAAGACGAGAUGGUUGAGUGCUUCCUCACGAAGACGGGACGGCUGCCCGUGCAGCUGGUGCCCAGGAGCUGA